UUGAUCAACAUUCUAACAAUGAGUGUUUUUGGCUACCGUCGGGAGCUGAGUAAAUAUGAAGACGUUGAUGAAGAUGAGUUGCUGGCCUCCCUCAGCCCAGAAGAACUGGCAGAAUUGGAGAAAGAGCUCGCCGAUAUAGACCCGGAUACCAAUGUCCCCAUAGGCUUGAGACAGAGCCAGACAGACAAAACGCCAACAGGGACUUUUAGCAGGGAAGCGCUCAUGAAAUACUGGGAGAAUGAGACACGGAAACUGCUGGAGGAUGAGAUAGGAGGAGGGAGCCCGAAACCUGAUGAAGAGUUAAAGGAGACAGAAGAGGACAGUGAAUGUGAAGAUGAGAAAGACAAUGAAAAUGAGAAAGUGAAGGUGCACGAAAAACACACAGAAGAUUCAGAUGAAGGAGAAGCAGAGCAAGAGGAGGAGAGUGAGGAAGAGGAGAGCGAGGAAGAGGAGCCAGUGACAGAGGAGGACGAAGAUGAGGAAGAAGAACCAGACAAUAAAAUAAAAACUGAACAGUCCAAUGUUCGGACAGUGACACCAGAAGCACCAAUGUUACUAAAACCACAGAGGGUGGAGCCAAGGAGACUGACUCCACCCCCUCCACCGCCUGCUGACAACCAAAUGUCCGGAAAUCCAACUGUAGUGGACGAUGUCCUCCAGAAAGUCCUCAGCAACGACCCCGAGGUGACAGACGUGAACCUCAACAACAUCGAGGACAUCACACAGGAAACCCUGAUCCGGUUUGCAGAGGCUCUGAGGUCCAACUCACAUGUGCGGACCUUCAGCCUGGCCAACACUAAAGCUGAUGACCCAGUAGCUUUGGCAAUCGCCAAGAUGUUGAGAGAGAACUCCUCCAUCAUCAGUCUCAAUAUAGAGUCUAACUAUGUGAGCGGGAGGGGCGUGAUGGCUCUGGUUCAGGCCUUACCCGGAAACAACACUCUGACAGAGCUGCGCUUCCACAACCAAAGACACAUCUGUGGAGGACAGGUGGAGAUGGAGAUGGUGAAGGUCUUGAGAGAAAACCACACCCUGAUAAAGUUGGGGUACCAGUUUAACCUGCCCGGUCCCAGGAUGAGUAUGACAGGGAUCCUCACCAGAAACCAGGACCGCCAAAGACAGAAACGCCUUGAGGAGCAGAGGCUGAGGCAGGGCCAGCAGGGGCCAACAGAGGGCGCUGUGAACCCCAGGACCUCUGCACUGAGAGGUACACCUGGUUCAUCGCCAUACAGUUCUCCAUGGUCCUCUCCAAAACUCCCCAGAAAUCAAGCCACAAAACAGACACCUCCACCACCUCCUCCUCCUCCUCCACCUCCUCCCCCACCACCACCUCCUCCUCCUCCACCCCCUGUACCCUCGCAUGUUCAGAAGGAGAAGAAACCAACUCGUAUGAUCGCGGAGGUGAUCAAGGCACAUGAGGCGAGUGGUAAGAAGACCUCCAAAGGGAAGGGGAAGAAGAGUAAGAAGGGAAAGCAUAAGGACAGCGAUGCCGAGGAGACCGGGAGCAUCCUGAAGGAGCUGAAGAACGCUCUGAGGCCCAUGGUGGAGCGCAGAGGGGAGGACAGCAGACCCCCCACACCCCUCCGCUCUGCCCACGACCAGCUCAUGGAGUCCAUCAGGGGGAGCAGCAUCCGAGGUCUCAGGAAGGUGGAGCUCCCUCAUCAUCUCAGAUAAAAAGGUCCUUUUGUUUCAGUCAAGCCACAGGAGACUACAUUGGUGUCUACAAUAGUGACCAAUAGAAAUGGAAAAAAAUGAAAAAGAAAAAAAAAACUUGUGAAUAAAUACAUAUUUGUAUUUGCACUUGAGUUGCUAAUGAACUAAUGAAUUUGAAUCUUAAAUGUUUACCAAUCUGUUUUCUAAGUCACAGAGAAAUUGUAAAUUUGUACA